UGUUGUACUGUCCUCACUCAGGUGUCCCCACUUUUCCCACGCCAGGUUCAGCCAUGGAGCUGCGCUCAGAGCUGCCCAGCGUGCCCAGUGCGGCGACAGCAGCAGCGACAGCGACGGGACCUCCCGUGGCAUCAGUGGCGUCGGUGGCCGCGGCAGCGGCCGCCGCAGCAUCGCUACCAGUGAGCGUGGCCGGGGGCUUGCUGCGGGCGCCGCCCCUGCUGUUGAGGGCAGCGGAGAAGUACCCGCGGACCCCCAAAUGCGCGCGCUGCCGCAACCACGGAGUGGUGUCCGCGCUCAAGGGCCACAAGCGCUACUGCCGCUGGAAGGACUGCCUGUGUGCCAAGUGCACGCUCAUCGCCGAGCGCCAGCGCGUCAUGGCGGCACAGGUGGCGCUGCGCAGGCAGCAGGCGCAAGAGGAGAACGAGGCGCGCGAGUUGCAACUGCUGUAUGGCACUGCCGAGGGCCUGGCGCUGGCCGCCGCCAACGGCAUCAUCCCACCGCGACCCGCCUAUGAAGUCUUUGGUUCAGUGUGCGCCACCGACGGCGGGGGGCCUGGAGCUGGAGCACCCGCCGGGAGUGCUGGGGGCGCAGGGGGCGCAGGGGGCGCAGAAGCCAAGCUGCAGAAGUUUGAUCUGUUUCCCAAGACGCUGCUUCAGGCCGGCCGCCCCGACAGUCCGCAGCCGCAGCCAGUGAAGCCCUUGUCGCCCGACGGCGCGGACUCGGGUCCCGGGACCUCGUCCCCAGAGGUGCGGCCCGGCUCAGGCUCGGAGAACGGCGACGGCGAGUCCUUUUCGGGGUCGCCUCUGGCCCGGGCCUCCAAGGAGGCCGGAGGCAGCUGUCCUGGUAGCGCGGGCCCCGGCGGUGGCGGCGAGGAGGACAGCCCCGGCUCCUCCAGCCCCCUGGGUUCCGAAUCGGGUUCCGAGGCUGACAAAGAAGAGGCGGAGGUCGCACCGACACCGGGGCUGGGCGGCGGCCCCGGUCCGCGGCAGCGGACGCCGCUGGACAUCUUGACGCGCGUCUUCCCGGGCCACCGGAGAGGCGUCCUGGAGCUGGUGCUGCAGGGCUGCGGCGGCGACGUGGUGCAGGCCAUCGAGCAGGUGCUGAACCACCACCGCGGAGGCUUGGUGCCCACGCUCGGCUUCCGGCCGCCCAUGGACUACGCCUUCAGCGACCUCAUGCGCGACCGCUCGGCCGCCGCAGCCGCCGCGGUGCACAAGGAGCCCGGCUACGGGAGCGGGCUGUACGGGCCCAUGGUUAACGGCACCCCCGAGAAGCAGUAGGACGCGCGGCCCGGCGGCCCCAGACACUGACCCAGCCAGCUUCCCAGCCGCCCGCGCCCUCCGCCGCUCAGAGUUGGCUUGGGGAGGUGGGGAGAGCUAACCGCGCAGGUGUCCUCAGAGGAGCCUUGUGGUCUGUGUGCUGGUCCAGCCUCGGCCACCUUUCCCCAGGCCCGCUCGCCGCCCUGUUGUCAAAAGGCCUGGGGUCUCUAAGAAUCUCGAGGACGGCUGUGGCCGCGCCAGCCCCUGCUGCUCCCUCUGCUUUGCUCGCCUUGCCAGCCUUGCUCAGGUGGCUGGCAGGACAAAUCAACCUCUUGUGUGUCCUCCGGUACCUAUUCCCCAUUCAUUAAAAAGAAAAAAAAUCCGCUCUAACAAAUAUAAAUUUAGGAUGUAUACAUCUCUUGGCACUGAAUCGAGUCUUUGGGAUACGCAUAUAUAUCAAUAUCAAUUGUAAAAAAAAAAAAAAGGAAACGUUCUAAGGUGCACUUUCCUCGUUGCGGUAUUUGUCGCUCUCUUUGUUGCUUAUGCCGAUAAGCAUGGGUUUCCUUGGUGCAGUGUGAGUUUUUAUAUAUGUAUAAAUCUAUAUAUAAUCUAUACAUAUAUAUAUACAAGCCAGUGUAUAAUGUUAUAAAAUGGAAUUCUAAGUUAUUAAUUGUAAUCUGUAGGUGACCUCGGUAUUAACGUGAAAAGCAUUCAAAAUCAAAGCAAAAAAAGAAAAGGACAAAAUGGGAAAACUAGACUAUUCGCGCAUUGUACGUAUCGGGUUUUAUAGACGAGAUCUACUGUACGCUGGGGAGGAACCCUGUCCACCCCACGCCCCCGGCCUGCGGCUUGUUCUCUGGAGCGGUCCAGGCCGCGCUGGAGCACGAAUAGAGCGUCGGGUGACAGACCCAGAAGCUCCGGGACUCGCCGGCGAGCGACGCUGCGGAGAACUGCUCACUUUGUGCUUUCCUUUGCAUAGGUAUGAGCUAGAAAUAAAUGUUAUUUUCUAAAUAAAGCAACGCUGGAA